AGUCGCGCGGGUUGCUGUGUGAAUAACAUUUCGCGGGAGAUUAGCAAGCGGCAGUGUGUCUGCUGUCAACACGGACGACUGUAACGUUUUACUGAAUCCAAAACAGAAUGAGUUUGUGGGUGGACAAAUAUCGUCCGUCGUCCCUCGGGAAAGUGGACUUUCAUAAAGAGCAGGCGGCUCAGCUCAAAAAGCUGGUUCAGUGUGGUGACUUCCCACACUUGUUGGUGUACGGUCCAUCGGGUGCAGGCAAGAAGACUCGCAUCAUGUGUCUGCUGAGGGAGCUCUACGGUCCUGGGGUGGAAAAGCUUCGCAUUGAGCACCAGACCAUUGUGGCUCCCUCAAAGAAGAAAAUUGAGAUUAACACCAUAGCCAGCAACUAUCACUUGGAAGUAAAUCCAAGUGAUGCAGGGAACCAGGACCGUGUGGUGAUUCAAGAGCUGAUCAAAACUGUGGCACAGUCUCAGCAAAUCCAGUCGAGCACACAGAGAGACUUUAAAGUGGUGUUGCUAACAGAGGUGGACAGACUGACGAAGGAUGCCCAGCACGCUUUGCGUCGGACGAUGGAAAAGUACAUGGCCACCUGCAGACUCAUUCUCUGCUCCACCUCUACUUCCAAAGUCAUCGGGCCAAUUAGGAGCCGUUGUCUGGCGAUUAGAGUUCCUCUGCCGAGCAUAGAAGAGGUUUGCAGUGUUCUUACAUCCGUCUGUAAAAAGGAGGGUCUCGUCCUCCCACCUGAGCUGGCCAAACAAAUCAGCGAAAAAUCUGGUCGCAACCUCCGUAAAGCGCUGUUGAUGUGCGAAGCCUGCCGAGUGCAGCAGUAUCCAUUCUCAGUGGACCAAGACGUCCCGGAGACAGACUGGGAGGUUUAUCUUAGAGAAACGGCUAAUGCCAUCGUCAGCCAGCAGACUCCUCAAAGGUUGUUGGAGGUCCGAGCCAGACUGUAUGAGCUCCUGACCCACUGCAUCCCUCCUGAGAUUAUCAUGAAGUGUCUCGUGAAAGAGUUGCUUAAUAACUGUGAUGGGCAGCUGAAGACGGAGGUGGCUCACAUUGCAGCCUACUAUGAGCACAGACUACAGCUGGGGAGCAAAGCCAUCUACCACCUGGAGGCAUUCACUGCCAAGUUCAUGGCCAUCUACAAGAAGUUCAUGGAAGAUGGUCUGGAUGCGAUGAUGUUUUGACUUUAAAUGGACUUUAAAUAGACCGAUAUUUUUCUGGUCAGGAGUUUAACAGCUGCGUUUUUGUUUGUUUGUUUUUUUCACAAUACUUUUCUUUGUUGCCUCCACAACUUUCACUGGACUUGAGACAGGCUUCUUUUUAGGCAUUGUGGUGACGCUGACACAGUUUACCCCACAAGAAGUCUUACAGUUUCUGGCUUUAUGGACAGUUGCCCAAAACCCUCAGCACUAAAAGCUGUUAGUAAACUUUGAGCUCUCGGUGUAGUCGUGUAAACCACUGAUAGGGUGGUGUGACGACCCCCCCGGAAAAAAAAAGUUUUCACAUUGUACUGAACAAAACAAUAAAUUGCUUUGAUUACAGAAAUUCUGAUCUGUAUGCUGUAUGGAUGUGACCAAAUCUAUAAUUAUUAUCGUAAACACUGAGCCUUUUUUUAACCUGAAAUCGAGAUAUUGAUGCAUGGUACGUAUGGGCAAAGGGGGAUGUAACGCAUCAUAUUUCAGGAUGAGUCAGCCUGUAGUAAAUGGAUAACAAGAUUGCCCAAACUAGGGUGAAUAAAAUUACAGAUGGAUGAUAAAUUCAUUCAUGUAUGCACAGCUUGCUGAAGGUCCCUCCACACCAUUUCCAUCGGGCCUCAGUCUGGACUUUGGGUCAUUGGAGCACUUUCUUUUCUUUUUUCAGCCUCUCUGAUGUACAUUUGUUGCUGUGUUUGGGAUCGUUGUCCUAUUGCAUGUCCUAAUUUCACCAGAAUACUUUGGCAUACAGAGGAGUUUGUGGCCACUUCACGGUCCCGUGGCUGCAAAACGAGCCCAGAUCAUCAGCCCUCCACUAGUUAGUAUGAGGUGUUUGUGCUGAUAUGCUAUUUGGCUUUUGUUAAAAGUAAUGCUGUGCAUUAUGGCCAACAUCUGCAUUUUGGUUUUUCCUGUCGAAAGAAAAUUGUUCCAGAAGUCUUGUGGUUUGUUCAGAUGCAUCUUUGAAAACAUGAGCUGUGCUGCCAUGUUCUUUUUAGAGAGAAGAGGCUUUCUCCUGGCAGUCCUUCCAAAGAUGCUGCAUGUGUUCAGCCUUUUUCUAAUUGUACUGUCAUGAACUCUAACAUUUAACAUGCUAACUGAGGCCUAUAGAGUCUGAGCUGAAAACUAUACGUGUAAACGCACAGCUGAGUGCUCCAGAGCAGCAAACUGUCAACAUUUCCGCUUUUACAGAGGAGUUACUCUUGCAACCUACUUUAUUCCUGUGGAAGUAGUAAGAGUGUACUUAGUUUUUCACAGGACUGCAUAGAUUCCUGUGAAAACUUUCUUUUUCACAGCUGUACGUACUGUAUGUAAAGGCAGCUGGAACAUGGGCAAACAAAGACGUAAUGCAACAUGUUUCCAGGGUGAGCCAAACCACGUGUGCUGCAGGUAUGUAAUUAUAUAA